AUGGCGAAACCAGAAACUAGUGAAAUAAGUCGACCAAUUGCUCACCUAAAACCACCUUCUGAGUUUGACGUCGACGUUUCAAAUGUCGCGCACUCAUGGAAACGUUGGCGAGAAGAAGUAGAGCUGUAUAUGGAAUUGGCUAUGGUUGGAAAGAAGGAAGAGACGAUAGUUAAACUCUUUCUGUACAUUGUUGGAAAUCAAGGUCGAGAAAUAUACGAGACAUUAUCGUUUGAUCAAGAACCCGAAGAGCGGAGCUUUAAAGGUAUUGUUGAAGCAUUCUCGAACUAUUGUGACCCGAAGAAAAACGAGACUGUAGAGAGAUACAAGUUCUUUACAAGAGUGCAAGAAGCGGGAGAAACAUUGGAUAAGUUUAUCACAGAUGUGAAAAUUCUGGCUGCAACGUGUAACUUUGAACAGCUUAAAGAAUCAUUGAUCCAAGACCGAAUAAUUUGUGGCAUGACUGACUCGACCAGUGAUAGCAGCGACUAUGAGGAAAUUAAAAUGGUAAAAGUGGACGAUAAGCGAAAGCCAGAAAUAUCGUCAAGCACAAAACAAUUCCCUAAGCGAUUAUAUGCCUCAAUAACCGUUGGUAAACAGCCGGUGAAUUUUCAAUUAGACCGUGGCGCGACAUGCAAUGUCAUUUCAUUAUCUAUGUUAGAGCGGUGUUUAGGAAAAGUUCAAUUGAAAGGAACAACCCAAGUUCUCAAGAUGUAUAACAAAGCGAUGGUACAAGCGGUCGGACAAUGUGUGUUACAAUUAAAAAAUGAGAAAACUGGCAAAAGCUAUGAAACUGAAUUUGUUUAACAAAUGAGCCUAAGUACAGUCAGAUACGAGAAUAUAUUAUUGUUGUCGGUUAAAUCAAGUAAAACAGUGUUGACUAAAGAUACCCUUAUUGAACAAUAUUCAGAUGUUUUUCAGGGGACUGGCAAAUUUGACGAACAAUAUCAUGUAACAAUUGAUCCAGAUGCAACACCUGUGGUUCAUCCACCAAGACCAGUACCUAUUGCGCUGAAAGACGAUUUGAAAGCAAAAAGUGGUAACCAUUUUAAAGUGGUAACCGAACCGACACCUUGGGUUUCGAAUAUGGUUAUUGUUAGAAAACCAACUGGCAAGCUACGUAUAUGUAUAGACCCGAAGGAUCUCAAUAAAGCUACCAGACGCGGUCACUCUCCAAUUCCAACGAUAGACGAGAUUUUGCCCGACCUGAGAGAAGCAAGAGUGUUCAGUGCAUUCGACGUGAGAAAUGGGUUUUGGCAUGUGGAGCUAGACGAAGAAAGUUCCCUACUGACCACCUUUAUAACCCCAUUUGGCCGUUAUCGCUGGCUGCGGAUGCCAUUUGGUCUGACAAGUGCACCAGAAGAGUUUCAACGACGCCAACAUCAUGUUAUAGAGAAUCUUCCAGGAGUGGUAGCAAUUAACGAUGACAUCCUCGUGAUUGGCAACGGUGCUACGCGUGAAGAAGCAGAGCGAGAUCAUGAUGUGAAAGUUUAUGCAUUAAUGCGUCGAUGGCGUGAGAAGAACACCACGUUGAAUGCAGAUAAAGUCAAACUGAGUUGUAAUGAAGUUACAUUCAUGUGUCAUCUGUUGACAGACGAAGAACUGAAGCCUGAUCCAAAGAGCAAUCUUAGAGAUGCCUAA